UUUUGUCUAAAAUUUUUUUAGAAAGUUUAGAAAUGACUUCGCCAAUUAAAGAAAAUGAAGAAAAAUUGAGAAAUGUGAAAAUUGAAGGGGAAGAAGAAGAAGAAAAGAAGGAUGAGCCUAUGGAAGAAGAGAAAAAAGAAGAUGAUGAGCAACAUACUGGGGAGGAGGAUGAGGUAAUUGUUGAUGGUGCUGUACGUGGUCCAACCGAAGAAUCGGAAGAAUAUACAGAACAUGAAGGUGAUGGAUUCUAUGAGGAAGAAGGGGAAGAAGAGUCAAGUGAAAAUGGGCACAAACCUGAGGGACGUGCAUCUAAAUCUUUAGUUCAACUUACACAACGUUUUAUUGGAUUUUUGCAUACUACCCCUGCUGGUUUGGUUGAUUUAAAUAAUGCGGCCGAUAAAUUAAAUGUGACACAAAAACGUCGAAUUUAUGACAUUACAAAUGUAUUGGAAGGGAUUGGAUUGAUUGAAAAACGUUCGAAAAACGUUAUUUAUUGGAAAGGUGGAAAGUUUCGAAAACCUGGAGGUUCAGUCGAAUUAUUGCCUGGGGAAGAAAGUAAAAUGUAUAAAUUAAAGUCAGAACUGACCGAUUUGGAAAGAGAAGAACGCUUAAUUGAUACACAUUUGCGGUGGAUGAGACAGAGUAUAAGAAAUAUAUGUGAAGAUAAAGACAAUUUCAAACUUGGAUAUAACACACAAGAAGAUUUUUUACAAGUAUUUUCUAACAAUACAAAAGAGAUGGUUAUACAAGCACCUCCUAGAACCUCUGUAGAAAUUAAUACACUUGGACAAAAUAAUAUUUCUUUGGAUGAUGUUCGCUAUGAAAUGAAAUUAAAAAGUUAUUCUGGCGCAGCACAAGUUAUUCCUGUUAAUAUGGGGGAUUCUGAAGGUUUUCGAAGUUUAACACCGCCGCCUACUGAAAAUGAUUAUUUACAUUUAAGCUCGGAGGAAGAAAAAUCUGCACCUUCUCAACUUUGGGAUUUUUUACACUUUCCUAUUCAAUUUGUUCAUACUCAACCGAGACAGAGAUCGAAACUUGGAGAUAUUUCGCAUGGAAUAGUAUAA